UGCUUCAUUCUAAAUCUAUUGUGAAUUUGAUACAUAUGUAAUUUCAUCAAGAAUAAUGAGUAACGAUAAAGGCAAAGCGUAUUGGGAUGUAAGCACUACUGGUGUUUUUCUCAAAAUAUGCAUGGACCAAGUUUUUAACAAACAUCGUCAAGGAUCCUCGUUUACAAAGCUAGGCUGGGACAACAUUCAUAAAACAUUCAAUGAAAAGACAGGGAGAGGAUAUGAGAAGAAACAGCUGAAAAAUAGAUUGGAUAAUUUGAGGAAAGAGUGGAAGCUAUUUGAGCAGCUAAUUGGAAAGGAGACCGGCAUAGGAUGGGACCCUGAAAGGAACACAGUGGUGGCAUCUGAUGAGUGGUGGGAGAGAAAGAAGCUGGAAAAUCCAGCAUACGAAAAAGUUUAG